UCCCCGCCCCUUUACCGGAUCUCGCUAGUGACCGCCCGGCCGCCUCCUUCAGCCCGAACUGAGCCGGAGCCCGGUAGUCGCACGGAAAAGGGACGGCAAAGAGGCGGCUGCGGCGGCCGGGAAGAAGCGUUGUCUGGGCAGGUUGAGGGGGAUACGUUCUCCCGCAGCCAGCAGCACCACCUGUCGCUAGGCGAGGAGCCCGGUAAAAGAAAUUAUGUUCUCCAGAUUAAGAGUAGUUGCCUCUCCUUGUACAUUGGCAUGUCGAAAUGUGCACACCAGAGAAAAAGGCAAGCCAUUAAUGUUGAAUCCAAGAACAAACAAAGGAAUGGCAUUUACAUUGCGAGAACGACAGAUGCUUGGACUUCAAGGACUUCUACCUCCUAAAAUAGAGACACAGGAUAUUCAAGCUUUACGAUUCCAUAGAAACAUAAAAAAAAUAAGUGAUCCUUUGGAAAAAUAUAUCUACAUAAUGGGAAUCCAAGAAAGAAAUGAAAAGUUAUUUUAUAGGAUUCUUCAAGAUGAUAUUGAAAGAUUAAUGCCAAUAGUAUAUACCCCAACAGUGGGUCUAGCCUGUUCACAAUACGGACACAUCUUUCGGAGACCAAAGGGAUUAUUUAUUUCAAUCUCAGACAGAGGCCAUGUUAGAUCAAUUGUGGAUAACUGGCCAGAAAAUGAUGUUAAGGCUGUUGUGGUAACUGACGGAGAGAGAAUAUUGGGUCUUGGAGAUCUGGGUGUCUAUGGAAUGGGAAUUCCAGUAGGAAAGCUUUGUUUAUAUACAGCUUGUGCUGGAAUACGACCAGAUAAGUGCCUCCCUGUGUGUAUUGACGUGGGAACUGACAAUCCAUCACUAUUAAAAGAUCCAUUUUAUAUGGGCUUAUAUCAGAAAAGAGAUCGCUCCCAGCGUUACGACGACCUUAUUGAUGAAUUUAUGGAAGCCAUUACUGACAGAUAUGGCCAGAACACACUUAUUCAGUUUGAAGACUUUGGAAAUCAUAAUGCUUUCAGAUUCCUGAGAAAAUAUCGAGAAAAAUAUUGCACCUUCAAUGAUGAUAUUCAAGGGACAGCCUCUGUGGCACUAUCAGGUCUUCUUUCUGUACAGAAAGUUCUUGGUAAACCAAUCUCAGAGCAUGCUAUCUUGUUCCUCGGUGCAGGAGAGGCUGCUCUUGGGAUUGCAAAUCUCAUUGUUAUGGCCAUGGUGGAAAAUGGUAUUUCAGAAGAAGUAGCACGAAAAAAUAUCUGGAUGUUUGACAAGUUUGGCUUAUUAGUUAAGGGAAGGAAAGCUAUGAUAGAUAGCCAUCAAGAACCAUUUGCUCACUUACCUCCUGAAAACAUACCUAAUACUUUUGAAGAUGCAGUAAAUAUAUUGAAACCUACAGCUAUUAUUGGUGUUGCAGGUGCUGGCCGACUUUUUACUCCUAAUGUGAUCAAAGCCAUGGCUUCAAUCAAUGAACGGCCAGUAAUAUUUGCAUUAAGUAAUCCCACAGCAAAAGCGGAGUGCACAGCUGAAGAAGCAUACACACUUACAGAGGGCCGAUGCUUAUUUGCCAGUGGUAGUCCAUUUGAGCCUGUGAGAUUAAAGGAUGGGAAAUAUUUUAUCCCAGGCCAAGGAAACAAUGCUUAUAUUUUCCCAGGUGUGGCUCUAGCUGUAAUUCUUAGUGGUGUUCGGCAUAUCAGUGAUCAAGUCUUUCUAGAAGCUUCAAAGGCAUUGACAGAACAAUUGACAGAAAAGGAGCUAGCCCAGGGAAGACUUUACCCACAACUCUCUAAUAUUCAGGAAGUUUCAAUUAACAUUGCUAUUAAAAUCACAGAAUAUCUAUAUGCCAAGAAGAUGGCUUUCCGUUACCCAGAACCAGAAAACAAGACCGAGUAUAUUAGAUCAAGAAUCUGGCGAAGUGACUAUGAUUGCUUGCUGCCAGAUGUAUAUGAAUGGCCUGAAUUUGCAUCACAACCUCCCAAAAUAUCUGAAUAGAAGCUUUCCUUCUAAAAGAACACUUGCUAAGCUGCAGGGAUCUUCCAGGGUCCUCGUUUUUUCCAGACCAAGUAGAGAAAACAUUUGAGAAUUGCAGUUUUUUUCCCCAUAUUUUGCUGGCUUACUCCAUUUUGCUUGACUUAUUUCCCCAUGUAUCUACAAAUCUUAUUUGUGAUAGAAUACAUCACCUACAUUGUUAAUGGAUUUAAAAAAAAAUUUCAAAUGACUAUAAUGUCUGAUAGAAACUUGGAGCACAUACCACACCAUAUAUGUUUAAGAUAUAUAUAUAUUUUUAAAUAUGUGUUUUUUUGUAUUCCCAUUCACUGCUGACUGCCAAAGUAAAGUUACUUCUGCCAUUAUAAGUAAUAAUCUUCUCCCAGCCAGUUCCUUCAGGAUUAUUUAAAAUUCACUCCUGUGGAUGUGAAUAACAGAUUUUGAAUUCUAACUGGAAGUAAGAAAUCCUUUUAAUUAGAAAAAUCUACAUUUAUCUAAAGUAUAGAAGAAAGCUUUUCCUGGUAUCCAAAAUGUUAUCUCUUUAAUUCAGCUGCUUUUAACCACAGACUUUUUAAAUCUCUGACAGACUAAGUUGUGAGAUAGGAAAAGUUUACUGUAAUAAUUAUUUUCUCUAUAUGGCCUAAAACAUUAUAUUGGUAUAGUGGAAUGGGAGCUAGUAGUAGCUUAGAAAAACUAAAGAAAUGGUUGGCUAGUCUAUUGAAAAAUACACCAAAAAUGUAAUCAGACCUUUUUCUUUUUUUAAUUUUACGUAGGUAAUUUUGGUUUGUAAUUCUCAGCACCCUAAUUAAUUGCUCAAUCUUGAAGUUAUAUUCAGAAACAAGUAUAGUUUACAGGACUUCCAUGUUCUUGGAUUUCAAGUGAUUCCUUAAGAAGGUGAUGUAAUAUAGUAGAGGACUUAAUAUAAUGUACCAUAUAUUCAUAAAUUAUUCAGAUAAAUGUUUUGUCACCUUCACAGUCAUCACUUUGGGAAUCUAUGAGCUUCCUCCAACUGCUCUGCCAUUCCUCACAACAUUUUUAGAACUCCAAAUUAUUUUCAAAGUACUGGAUGUUUUGUUUUUUGGGGGUUUUUUGUUUGUUUGAUUGAUUGUUUUUUUUUUUACUAAAAUCUUCAUCCUUUGAGGUGGAUUUAAGUUUUAGAAAUAGCCAAAAAUUGUUGAGAGGUAAGUCUGAUAAAGAAGGUGGGUUAUGGAGAUGGGUAGUAUCUCUUGCAGGUGGGAAUUUAAGUGUGAGUAUAAAAUAAUGAGAUUAAUUUUCUUCCUUUUAAACUGCUUUUUGGAGGUAAUUCCAAACAAGAGUUCCAGGUUUUAAAAACAAUAAUUGGAAGUAUACAUUUUGGUCGAUAUGGAACUUUAUAAUCUCAUUUCAAAUAUAUGUUAUUUGAUUUUCUCCAAAACAUUCAUGUGCUUUAACAUUAUAGAAAAAUGUUGUAGUGGCUUUUAGGAGGGGAAUCUCUUUAUUCAUAUUCUUUGUUUCAUUUCUUCAGUAGAAAGAGUUGUUGAAAGGUGGAUUGAUGCUAAUUCCAAGUAUGAUUAAAUGUUUUUUGAAUCUCAGAAAACUUUCAUUUGAUCCCCCUUAUAUAAUAGGGCUGUAUAGGAGAUUUUUUUAAAACAAUGCAUUAAUGCAUUAAUUAUUCAACACUUAGAAAUCUGUGUUUUAUAAAUCCAUUUCCUGUGAAGUAAGUAAAUUAGGUCCACACUUGUGCAUUUUUUUGUGUUUGGAGAUAAAGCAUUUUAACUUUUUUUUCCUCAUUGAUCUUCAUUUAAAAUAAAUAAGCCUUUAAAAUGAUCCUAUCCAUGAAAUUGUAAUAAUUUGAAGUUCUAAUGUAGUAUUAAACAGAUAUCUUGCAGCUAUUGUUUUUUGAAGCCAGGAGCUAUGAAUUAGAAAGCUAAUUUUAUAUUCUUGGUAAAUAUGUCCAAUACUGUAUCUUCACUGUAUAGAAAUAAAAUGAAUAUAUUUAAUGAAUGCCUUCAUACAUAUCUCAAUUAAAGCAGUAAGCUUUGUGUUUUCUUGUUUUGGGGGAAAAUGGCUUACGCAUUUGGUAAUAUGUUUUCAAGAAAAUGUUAGGAAAAAUAAAACUUGGUAGUGUAAGUUAAAAAAAUUAAAAUCUUAAGUAACAUGGUAUCUUUAAAGCUGCUAGACAUCAGUGUCUCUUAUGGUGAGAGAAAAUUUAAGAGAAUUUUAUUUUUUCUUAACAGUAGAAGUUUGCUAAUGUCAUGUGAUUAUGAUUACAAAUUCAUGUUCUGAUUCUUAUUAGUGUUGUAUGUGCUACUCAGGAAUUGGCACUUUCUAAAUUGACUCAACAGUAGUUGCACACCAGCUGAAAAUAUUAACACAGAAAAACAGAUUGGAAACAAACUGGAAAUAAACUAGGAGGUUAUGUCUGGGAAAAAUGUAAUUAAUUUGAAAAGCAACUGAGAAAUAGUUGCACUUUAUAGAAGAAAGGAGAAACUAGAACCAUUGUUGAUUUGUCAGAAAUGGUUCCAUAGUACAGAGUGAAAGAAUGUUAUAAUCUGAUGCCGGGUAUAGUGUAGGCCAAAUGGAGCACUUACAUACGAAUAAGGGAAGGAUUGCUUUUAUGAUCUCCUGUCCCCAGGUAAAGAGAAGAUUAAUUUACAGUAUAAUGGGAAAAGUAUAUGAGUUUGAGACUUUGGUUAAAAUGCUUAAAGUAUAAAGUGUGGUAUGAGUUUUAAGUUCUAUACUGUGAAUGGUUUUCUGUAAUUUAGAUAUUUUUAAACUACCAAUUCAAAUGAUGUUUUUACAUAAAAUGACUUUUCAUCUAUUUUUGCUAUGCUUAGUGUUUACAAUCUGUAAGUUCACUUAAAUUUAAGGUGUUAGUCUGAGAAUAAAUGUAACUCGUUUGAAUUGAAGAUAUUGGUUCAGAAGGUUUCCUGAAAAUACAUCUAACUACAAGGUAUUUCAUUUGUAUUUGUUUAGGAAAAGACUCAUUAAAUAUGACAACCAUUUUUCACUUAGCAGAGAGGAGUAAGCUGAGAAAGCACCGAUUUUUCAUUAUAUUAUUAUUGUCUUCUGACAAUUUGCAUUACUCUAUAACACCAAAUUUGAAGACCUUAAGAAAUAAGUCCUGUGAACUCAGAUUGGCUGUUUCAGGAUUAAUGUGUAAUGGUUGUUAUGUGUUAUCUAUAGGUUGAAGUCAGUAACAGCAGUUUUAAACUAAAAGUAAUUUACAGUUGCCACUCCACAGCAGAUGUGAGGAAUUCUUUUCUAACACUCUAUUCAGAUAUUAUCCAUAUUCUGUUCCUUUUAGCCCUCUGAGCUUUUAUUUGCCCCGGGGUGAUUUCGUUGUACCAUAUACUGUUGAAUUCACUAACAAUAAUGGGGUCCGUUUUAUAGGAGCCCGGUUAUAGGAGCUUUAAAGUUCCCAAUCCUGAAAUUUCACUUUUCCUUUCUACCCACAUUGAGUUUUCUCCAAAGGUCUACUGUAUCUAACUUUUCUAAAAUCCUAGUCACCUACUUAACUUCUUUCUUGUUUAUUUUGUGGUUAAAUUCCUGAAAUUUCACUUUUAAAGAGGUGUAUGCAAAGGACUGCAAUUGCAGCGCUUAUAUUUUGUAUCUGAAAUUAUACAUGUUCAGACACUGACACAUUAAUAAGUUAGAAAGUUACAAUAAGACAUCUAUCUCCAGUGAUGAAAUAGUGCUUGGUUCUCUGAUCUUUUGAUGUGCAUCAAAAUUAUUUUAUGUCAGUAUUGAAAUGAGCACUCUGCAGAUAAACUAAAUAGAUAAGUCUUAACAUUUAAAUGUAUAGAUUAAGAUAAUUCAUCUAUUAAAAAAUUUCCAGUCCUUUAAUCUGGCUGAGAUUUUUCAGUGUUUUAAUUUAGCCAGCAAAUUUUGCCAAAUUGCCAAUAAAGAAAUUAGGUUAAGUGCAACAUUGUAUCCUGUAACAGUGAGCAUGUAAUAGUCCCACGCUAUUUUGAAAUCAGUUAAGUCCAAGUAGACUCAAGAAAGGCCAGUAGUCUUUUUGAAAUAUUGAUUUGCUUUCACUGAAAAUUCCAUGCAAAAUGGAUUUGGGAAUUCUAAAUCUUUUUGCUUUCUUAAAAGGGGUGAGUGGGAUAAAAAUGAAAAUAUGUUAAAAGUUCAUUUGCAGAAAUUGUACAUUAAAUAAAAUGUCUUUUAAAAGCUUUGUACUUUUCUGUAACAACUUCUUGCUAGCAAGCUGUGUUUUUAUAUUCCUCUACUCUACUUCUCUACUCCAUAUUUUAAAAAAAAUUGGACGCUUUUUUUGUUAUUCUUACAAUUCUCUACUGUUUAGCACAUUUUUUAAGCUUUAUGUUUGAGGAGGAAAUGUUGCCAAUAAACUAAGAAUUUCCUUGA